UUCCUUCAAAACAAACAAGAUGUCUCCCUUUCCGUAUGUCUACAAAAUAGGGUCUUUCUCAUAUUCAUUACAUCUAUAUUAAUGUGAUUAGUGAGGGAUGACCACAACUGCAGUCACACUAGUCUACAUAUUAUCGCUUCAAUCUUUUGGCACAGUGAGGUCAUUGAAUCUGUCAACUGUUCCAGAACUUCUGCUCCAGAAGACGCCGCCGAACUUGAGGUCUACCGCAGACAAAGAAGUGUUGUUACACAACAGCGAACCACAAAAGUCAGAUGGCGUUGCAAUAAAAUGUGGUGAAGGAUUAUAUCUGGACGACCACCGGAAGUGUUCCAAAUGUCCAAGCGGAACCUAUAAUAAUGAAACUGGUCGCACGAUUUGUGCCCCUUGUCCUAAAAAUAUGACAACCUCUGGCACAGGCAGCACAAAUAUCAGUGAGUGUUCUGUUGAUUUGUGCCACGCUGGACAAGAGUACGUCAAUGGAAGCUGUCAUUACUGCAAAGUUGGUUUCUACAAAGAAGCUGAAGGCAAUGAGGACUGCACGAAGUGUCCAGACAAUAUCACAACGCUUGGUUUGGCGUCAACGUCCAGAACAUUCUGUCUCAUUCCUUUGUGUAGGAAAGGUUAUUUUUUGAAUGAUCAACAAACUUGCUCUCUAUGUCCAAUUGGCACCUUUAAAAACGAAACCGGAAGUCGAUUGUGUUCCUUCUGCAAGUCGGGUAAAUCAACACGAAAUAUUGGAAGCAUCUAUGCCAGUCAGUGCUCUGUCGACGAGAACUGUGUGUUGGUACCUGAGCCUACUUUGAUGCUUACAACAGAUAGGAGCCAGGUAUCCCAAUUAUAUCUCAAUCUGACGGAGUGCAGACAGCAAUGCAUUGUAGACCGCGGCUGCCUGGGUGUUGUGUUUGAGGUGUCUGGAUGGAAGCCAACUUGUUUGAAAUAUCGCAAGCUGCAUUUCGAGGCGGACUACGAAAACCCUUACGACUCUUUUGUCAAGAAAUGUUCUAGCGCGAGCCUCAAGAGAGCCCAAGGUAAAGCACGCAGGUUUCGGUGGUCUCCUGAGGUUAUUGCCUUGUCGAUACUCGUCUUGAGGAUUACUAUUGGUAAAUGUCUUUGAGAUGGUGGAACUCUCUAGAGGUAACAGAUCCAUGGUUCAAGAUAAUUUGAUCCCAAAGCAGCAGCGACCAUUGACUGCCCAAGCUGUAGGCAUAGUCUAUUUUACAUUGACGAACCGGACGUAACUUAGUAAUCUGUGAUUAAAUAUCUAUAAAAGACAA